AAAACACAAAGGUGUUAGGUGAGUCGAAACAAGGUGUCCUUCCGAUAAAGAUUGUUGCAAUUUGGAGUCAAGAAGAGAAGAAGUUUAGAAGGAACCCUACAAAGGAAAUAUUGAUUUGUCGUGGGACACUGUCGUCGAAAUCUAAGAUAUGUAAGUUGUCAUUAAACUCGGAGUCGUCGCCUAAUCGUCGAGCCAUUUUUACCCGGUGGUGUGACGUGGGAGCUUUCUUCGUGGCAAACGCACGUCGAUGUCAUCCAAGAAGAAGAAUGUUCGUCACAAGAAUUGCUCUCGCUCGCUCAUCUGGUUGUCUUUUAUUCCGUGUGCUCAAUGAUCAAUUGACAAGCUCCCUUUUGUUUGGGUGA